UGGCGAGGGCGGGUCGUGUGACGUAGAGCCGGGGCUCUGGCUGUUUAUUGUUCCUUCCUCACAGCGCCGACACAGAAAAACAGGCUAACAAGCUGUCAGCUACCUUUUUCCUUCACGGUUCACGGUCGGUUUAACGAAGGGUGUCACAGUCGAGAUAGCUGGGGCCAUGGCGUACGCGUAUCUCUUCAAAUACAUCAUCAUCGGAGACACGGGUGUGGGGAAGUCAUGUCUAUUACUACAGUUCACAGACAAGAGGUUUCAGCCAGUUCACGACCUCACCAUCGGUGUGGAGUUCGGAGCGAGGAUGAUCACUAUAGAUGGCAAACAGAUCAAACUGCAGAUCUGGGAUACGGCUGGUCAGGAGUCAUUCCGGUCCAUCACCAGGUCUUACUACAGAGGAGCAGCAGGAGCACUGCUAGUCUAUGACAUCACAAGAAGGGACACCUUCAACCACUUGACGACCUGGUUAGAGGACGCUCGCCAACAUUCCAACUCCAAUAUGGUCAUCAUGCUCAUUGGCAACAAGAGUGACCUGGAGUCGCGGAGAGAGGUGAAGAAAGAGGAAGGUGAAGCAUUUGCCAGAGAACACGGCCUCAUAUUCAUGGAGACCUCAGCCAAGACUGCCUCUAAUGUAGAGGAGGCUUUCAUCAACACAGCCAAGGAGAUCUAUGAGAAGAUCCAAGAGGGAGUGUUUGAUAUCAACAACGAGGCUAAUGGUAUUAAGAUUGGACCCCAGCACCCUACCACCAACUCCACACUGUCCGGUAGCCAGGGAGGCCAACAGGCUGGAGGGGGCUGCUGCUGAAGCCCCAGAACACGCCUCCUCUUCCUCUUCCUCUUCCUCCUCCUCCUCCUCCAACCCCCGACCCUCCCCUCUCCUUCUCCUCCUCCUUUUCGCCCUCUCCGACCCUCCCUUGCGUUUCUACAGAACUGUCCAGGCCCAGUAACAGUUUGUUAACCUCUCUCUCUCUCUCUAUUUCUCUCCAUCCUUUCAUCCAUCCCUCCUUCUUUCUGUCUUUCUCUCAGCUCUGUCUUUCCUAAGUCUCUUGACCAUACCCCAGGGGUCUGGGGGCUGCAUCCCCUUAAGUCAACUCGACUUCCCACAGUCUUACGAGGACAGCGUCAGCUUCACCUGCACAUUUACCCGCCAAAUUGUCAAGUUUUGCAAUUCAGCUUUUUUUUUUUUGUUUUGGUAAGAUAAAUGCAUUUUAAUCUUUUUAUUUUUUAAAAAAGCGCAUCCCUCUUAAUUCAUGAGGAGGUUGUUGGGAUAUUAUAGUACCUCAGAAUCAUAAAAAAAAAGGAUAUCUCUGGUAAGGGUGAGUUGACUUUGUCCAGAUGGAGAAAAGACUGUGGGUUGAGAAUAAACACUCUUAACAACUGACUGUAUGGAAUAAACCCUGUGUUGUGUCUAUACACACAUCUGUACAUGUUUUUAGAGAAAACGACGCAGCAUGUUGAUAGCGGGACAUGUUUCUACAUGUUGAGUCAGUUUUCAUGCUGUGCCUGCGUGUAUAGGGAUGAUAUAGGUGUUCCAGUAUGUCAGUCUUUAAGGUGUAGGAGGCAUUCAAGUCACUCUGUACCUUCUGUUCAUAAAAAAAAAAACACUUGUGCAAAUUAUGUUAUUUUGUGCUUCCUUUCCCCCUUUUUUUGUCAUGUUGUUUUUUGUUCUCUCUUUGUCUUUGUGUCCUUUUGGUUGACUUGCAGAUGAUUUGUAUUUAAUGAACACUACGAACUGGUUGUGGCUUAAAAAAAAAGUGUUUUAAAUUGUCCUGGGAGAGAAUAAAAGACCAAACUGUU